UAAUAAGUGUUGAUUUUAUGAGCUGUAGUUUCAUAGGCUUGUUGUUCUCCUUCCUUUCUUUCUUUCUUCCUCAUUCCAAUUCCUCCCCUUCACCCCUAAUGCUGUAAUUCCCUUUCGUCUUUUGCUACAUUUAUCCUUCUCUAAAUCCUUCAUCAAUCGUAAUCUUCUUCUUAAUCAAUCCCUAAUCCUUUCACUUCUUGCGUCGCAACUCUUUCAAAUCAUCACCUUGACCCUUUUUAGGGUCUAGGUUCAAUUCUACCCAAACCCCAUUUAAUCAUCUUCGUUUUUGAACUUGCCCUUUUUCGAUUUUACCCUUUAAAUGUAUAUGAUUUGUGUUUUCAACCGCAUAGUUUGAGCUCUCACAGGUGAAGGGGAAGGUGUGAAUUUUGUUGAAAUAUGAGCCGUAGAGUGAGGAGGAAAGUGGCAAGGAAAGGUAAAGGGAAUGCAGCAUCUAGUUACCCUGAAAUUCAAGACGAGGUUGCAGAUUUGGAACCUCAAGGAGUUGUUGAUUGGAGGAGUUUACCUGAUGAUACAGUAAUUCAGUUAUUGUCGUGUUUGAGUUAUCGAGACCGAGCUAGUUUAUCAGCAACUUGUAAGACAUGGAGGGUUCUCGGUAACUCCCCGUGUUUGUGGACUUCUUUGGAUCUUCGGUCGCAUAAGUUUGAUGCCAAUGUUGCUUCUUUGCUUGCUCCAAGAUGUGUGCAUCUUCGGAAGCUUAGGUUUCGUGGAGCGGAGUCUGCUGAUGCGUUACUUCAUCUUCGAGCUAAGAAUUUGCGUGAAUUGAGUGGUGACUAUUGCAGGAAGAUUACUGACGCAACUGUUGCUGUGAUUGCAGCUCGACAUGAGUUACUCGAGAGUCUUCAACUUGGGCCAGAUUUUUGCGAUAAAAUUAGUAGUGAUGCUAUAAAAGCAAUAGCUCAUUGUUGUCCUAGUUUGAAUAAACUCAGGCUCUCGGGCAUUAGGGAUGUGAAUGCUGAUGCUAUCAAUGCAUUGGCUAACUAUUGUCCGAAGUUGACUGAUAUCGGGUUCAUCGACUGUCUGAGUGUUGAUGAGGUUGCAUUGGGAAAUGUGCAAUCGGUUUGUUUUCUUUCUGUUGCGGGGACACCGAGUAUGAAGUGGGGUGUGGUUUCCAAUCUUUGGCAUAUGCUUCCUAACUUGAUCGGAUUGGAUGUUUCUAGAACUGAUAUUGGUCCAUCCGCUGUUUCAAGAUUGUUAUCGUUAUCACCGAAUUUGAGGGUUAUGAUUACUUUGAAUUGUCCUAUCCUUGAAGAAGAGACUAGCUUUUCUGCUAGUAAAUAUAAAAACAAGUUGUUAAUUUCCCAAUCUACCGAUAUUCUUAAAGGAUUAGCUUCUUUAUUUUUCGACAAUGCAAACCGAGGGAAGAAUGUGUUUUUGGACUGGAGGACUUCAAAGAGUAAAAAUGAUAAGGGCCUUAAUGAAAUUAUACCAUGGCUUGAAUGGAUGCUAUCACAUAUACUUUUGCGUUCUGCAGAGAGCCCUCAACAGGGGGGUCUUGAUAAUUUCUGGGUCGAACAGGGUGCAUCGUUGUUGCUUAGUCUAAUGCAGAGUUCUCAAGAGGAUGUUCAGGAGAGGGCAGCCACAGGUCUUGCAACUUUUGUUGUAAUUGACGAUGAAAAUGCUAGCAUCGAUUGUGGAAGGGCUGAAGCAGUUAUGCGAGAUGGUGGCAUACGCCUCCUUCUUGGCCUGGCAAAAUCUUGCAGGGAAGGGCUUCAGUCUGAGGCAGCUAAGGCUAUUGCAAACUUGUCUGUGAAUGCCAACGUGGCCAAGGCAGUUGCAGAAGAGGGCGGGAUUGAGAUUCUCGCUAGUUUGGCUAGGUCAAUGAACAAACUGGUGGCUGAAGAGGCUGCUGGGGGAUUAUGGAAUCUCUCUGUUGGAGAAGAGCAUAAGGGUGCCAUUGCUGAAGCUGGUGGUGUACAAGCUUUAGUGGAUCUUAUAUUCAAGUGGUCCUCAACCGGAGAUGGAGUUUUAGAACGUGCAGCUGGUGCCUUGGCAAAUUUGGCUGCUGACGACAAGUGUAGUACAGAGGUUGCACUAGCAGGAGGUGUGCAUGCUCUAGUGAUGCUUGCUCGUAACUGCAAAUACGAGGGAGUGCAAGAGCAGGCUGCUCGUGCAUUGGCUAAUUUAGCUGCUCACGGAGAUAGCAACAGUAAUAAUGCUGCUGUCGGACAAGAAGCAGGUGCUCUUGAGGCUCUUGUUCAACUUACACGUUCUCCUCACGAGGGUGUCAGGCAAGAAGCUGCUGGUGCACUUUGGAAUUUGUCAUUUGACGAUAGAAAUCGAGAGGCCAUUGCAGCAGCUGGUGGAGUUCAGGCUUUGGUUGCUCUUGCCCAAUCUUGUUCUAAUGCUUCCCCAGGACUUCAAGAGAGGGCUGCUGGUGCUCUAUGGGGAUUGUCUGUUUCUGAAGCCAAUAGCAUUGCCAUUGGACGAGAAGGAGGGGUUGCGCCUCUGAUUGCACUGGCACGGUCUGAAGCCGAGGAUGUUCAUGAAACUGCCGCUGGAGCACUAUGGAAUCUUGCUUUCAACCCUGGUAAUGCCUUACGAAUAGUAGAGGAAGGUGGAGUAUCGGCACUUGUUGAUCUCUGUUCUUCAUCAGUGUCAAAAAUGGCACGAUUUAUGGCGGCACUUGCUUUGGCCUACAUGUUUGAUGGGAGAAUGGAUGAAUUUGCUUUAGUGGGCACCUUGUCAGAAGUUGUUUCUAAGAAUGUGGGCUUGGAUGGAGCUAGAAGGAUGGCUCUGAAACACAUUGAAGCAUUUGUUCGUAUGUUUUCUAAUCAACAAGCAUUUGCAGCUGCUGCAUCAUCGUCAGCUCCUGCAGCACUAGCACAGGUUACUGAAGGUGCUCGUAUUCAUGAAGCGGGACAUCUGAGAUGCAGUGGUGCUGAAGUUGGAAGAUUUGUUACUAUGCUAAGAAAUCCAUCAUCUAUACUCAAAGCUUGUGCAGCAUUUGCUCUUCUUCAGUUUACAAUUCCUGGUGGACGACACGCCGUGCACCAUGCCAGCCUCAUGCAGAACGCAGGGGCAGCAAGAGUCCUACGAAGUGCAGCCGCGGCAGCAACUGCGCCUCUUGAAGCAAAAAUCUUUGCGAGGAUCGUUCUUCGCAAUCUCGAGUAUCACCACAUAGAACAUACCGUGUAGAUCAAUGCAUCUGUUCAUUUACUCCAGUCAUAUUGGACAUUUGUGAAUCUGUGACAUUUUCACAUGUACACAAAAAAAACUACCAACUUGCCAUAAGAACACUGCUCACUGAUCUUGUUAUAAGUGAAGCAAGUUAUGAAUUGACAAGGUUGGUUCUCCUUAUCAUUGGUCUUUUUUAGAACUGCUAAGUGAACAGUUCUUAUGUUGAGAUGUAUUUCUAGCCCUUUCUUGUAUCAAUCUUUUCAUGUCAUUCAAGGCUAGACUUAGGCAAAUUGGUAUAAAUUUUAUUGCCUUGAUGAUUAAUUUUUCUUUGUAUUAUUUAUGUAUAAUUAUAAGUUUAGAGCUUACUUUAAGAGACUACUUACUAAGGGAUUGGUUUACGUCAAUUAUGAAUAAUCCCUUUUGCAAUAGAAUAUUAAUGGAACACAUUUAUAUAAUA